AGUUCACUUCCGCCUCUUUAUUUUCCUGUUCAGCUGCUGAUCGCACGACUGAUAACCGGAGCAGACGAACCGGGGAGGUGACGUCAUCAAGUCUGCUGGGGUUCCGACUGCACGUUAACCGGGAUGAGUUAGUCCGGGAAUUGGUGUUGAGCAGCAGAGUUAGAGGUGGAGACACACUGAGAAGCCCCUGACGUGGACAUACUGCCUCACUGCAGUGUUGCCAACUUAGCGACUUUCUCGCUAAAUCUAGCGACUUUUCAAAGCUCCGAGCGACUUUUUUUGUCAAAAGCGACUAGCGACAAAUCUAGCGACUUUUUCUGCCGUUUUGGAGACUCUGUUAGGAAAACUCAGCUCAUUCUGCAGUUACUGUUUUCACCAAGCAGCAGCUGCUGCUGUGCGCUUCUCCCCCUCCCAGAGCACAGGCUGUCAGUCCAGUAACCCGCAGCAGACCCAGUGAGGGGAGGGGGAGACCCUCAUCACUUCGCGGCCAGACGGCAGAUGAAUCGCGCAUGCGCAAAGUCAGUACAGAGCCCAUCCAGACUUACGCAGCCAUAUAAACGAAAAUGUUUCUUCAGUGUCAUGCUAAAAUAAACCACAGCAUUUAGCCUCUAGUGAAAAAACAUAUUUUAGGUGUUUUAUACUCACUUUUUGGUCUCUUCCACAACGUUAUUCCUCUCUCCUACAACGUUGAUUACAAUUACAUGCAAACUGGGAAAUAUGCAAAUUAGGCGAUGACAUCAUUUAGCGACUUCUAGCGACUUUUAGGACAGCCAAUAGCGACUUUCCUUACUGAGGAGUUGGCAACAGUGCCUCACUGAUAAAAGUGAAAGUAAAGUUCGUCAGAGCGACGGCAGAGCUGCAGUCCUGAAUAUUCUCUGUGUCUGAACUCACUUCAACUGUUUUUCCUCAAACACCGACUCAGAUUCAGCAAAAGAAUGGAGAAGAACACGUACUCUGCUGGAUCGGGACCUGGACCUGGACCUGGACCUGAACCUGGACCUGGACCUGGGUCCAGCUGUGUGUCCAUGAAGAAUGACCGGUCAAAGGAUGAUCCUCUUUUCUUCAAACAAUCUGCAGAUGGAAGGAUCCAGCAGCAGAGACCAGAACCCAGCUGUUUGUCCUUCAAGAGCGACCAGUCAAGGGACGAAUUCAUUUACUUUAAAGACGUCCAUCCAUCUGCUGAUCAGAUAGUGGAACAGCAGAACUCGGACGUUCCCAGCGCUCAGUCUGUCCAGCAGCAUCACUUGGACUCCAUAUUCAUGCUGCUAGAGGACAACAUGGUGACUUUUGUGAAGAAGGAGUUGAAGAAGAUGCAGAAGGUUGUGAGUCCAGAUUACCCAGAAUGCUCAGAGAGUAAUGGGGAGAAUGAGGAGGAUUUGGAGGAUGAUGAUGAAGAGCAGAGGAGCAGCAGAGAGAAGCCAGCACUGUGAUCAGCAGAUCACAGUGUUGUUCCUGAGGAGGAUGAAGCAGGAGAAGCUGGCUGACUGUCUGCAGAACAAACUUGCUGCUGGAGUUUGUAGACAAAAACUUAAAUGUGGCCUGAAGAAGAAGUUCCAGAGAGUGUUUGAGGGCAUCGCUAAAGCAGGACAGAAGACCCUCCUGAAUGAGAUCUACACAGAGCUGUACAUCACAGAGGGAGGGACGGCAGAGGUCAACGAUGAACAUGAAAUCAGACAGAUUGAAGCAGCAUCCAGGAAAGCAGACGGAGCAGAAAGAAGCAUCAGACCAGAAGACAUCUUUAAAGGCUCACCUGGAAGAGAUGGACCAAUCAGAACAGUGAUGACACUGGGAGUGGCUGGCAUCGGGAAAACAGUGUUAACACAGAAGUUGACUCUGGACUGGGCUGAAGACAAAAGCAACCAGGACAUCCACUUCAUGUUUCCAUUGACUUUCAGAGAGCUGAAUGUGCUGAAAGAGAGAAAGUUCAGCUUGAUGGAACUUGUUCAUCACUUCUUCAGUGAAACCAAAGCAUCAGGAAUGUGCGGCUUUGAAGACUUCCAGGUUGUGUUGAUCUUUGACGGUCUGGAUGAGUGUCGCCUUCCUCUGGACUUCCACAACAAUGAGAUCGUGACUGAUGUUAGACAGUCCACCUCAGUGGAUGUGCUUCUGACAAACCUGAUCAGGGGGAAUCUGCUUCCCUCUGCUCGCCUCUGGAUAACCACACGACCUGCAGCAGCCAAUCAGAUCCCUCCUGACUCUGUGGACAUGGUGACGGAGGUCAGAGGGUUCACUGACCCACAGAAGAAGGAGUACUUCAGGAAGAGAUCCAGAGAUGAGGAGCAGGCCAGUAGCAUUAUCUCCCACAUGAAGACAUCACGGAGCCUCCACAUCAUGUGCCACAUCCCAGUGUUCUGCUGGAUCACUGCUACAGUUCUGGAGAAGCUGCUGAGAAGCAGAGAGGGAGGAGAACUGCCCAGAACCCUGACUGAGAUGUACAUCCAUCACCUGGUGGUUCAGGUCAAAGUCAAGAAGGUCAAGUAUGAUGGAGGAGCUGAGACAGAUCCACUCUGGAGUCUAGACAGCAGGAGGAUGAUCGAGUCUCUGGGAAAACUGGCUUUUGAGCAGCUGCAGAAAGGAAACCUGAUCUUCUAUGAGUCUGACCUGACAGAGUGUGGCAUUGAUAUGAAAGCAGCCUCCGUGUACUCAGGAUUCUUCACACAGAUCUUCAAAGAGGAGAGAAUGCUGUAUCAGGACAAAGUGUUCUGCUUCAUCCAUCUUAGCGUUCAGGAGUUUCUGGCUGCAGUCUACAUGUUAAACUGUUACACCAACAGGAAGGAGAAGGUUCUGGAAGACUUCCUGGGAAAAGACUGGAAAGACAAGAACAGAGACACUCUGGAUGUGUUCCUGAGCAGAGUCAUGGAGAAAUCUCUGAGAAGCAAAAAUGGUCACCUGGACCUGUUUGUUCGCUUCCUUCAUGGCCUAUGUCUAGAGUCCAACCAGAGACUCUUAGGAGGCCUGCUGGGUCAGAGGACAGAGAACCAAAGAGAAAGGAUCCAGAGAGUCAUCAACAACCUGAAGGAGAUGAAGAGUGAUGAAAUGUCUCCAGACAGAAGCAUCAACAUCUUCCACUGUCUGAUGGAGAUGAAGGAUCUCUCAGUACAUCAGGAGAUCCAAGAGUUCCUGCAGUCAGAGAACAGAUCAGAGAAGGAACUCUCUGAGAUACACUGCUCAGCUCUGGCGUACAUGCUGCAGAUGUCAGAGGAGGUUCUGGAUGAGUUGGACCUGAACAAGUACAGAACAUCAUGGGAGGGGAAACGGAGACUGAUUCCAGCUGUGAGGAACUGCAGAAAGUUUCGACUUUCUAAAUGCGGACUCUCAGAGAAUCACUGUGAAGUUGUGGCCUCAGCUCUGAAAUCCAACCCCUCCCAUCUGACAGAACUGAACCUGAGUGAGAACAAGCUGCAGGAUUUAGGAGUGAAGCAUCUUUCUGCUGGACUGCAGAGUCCAAACUGUAAACUGGAGACUCUCAAAUUGAUGAGCUGCAGGUUGUCAGAGAUCAGCUGUGAUUCUCUGGUCUCAGCUCUGAAGUCCAACCCCUCCCAUCUGGAACAUCUGGACCUGAGUGGAAACAAGCUGCAGGCUUCGGGAGUGAAACAUCUGAGUGGUUUUCUGGAGAGUCCAGACUGCAUCCUGAAGACUCUAAAAUUGAUCCGCUGCAGUUUGUCAGAGAUCAGCUGUGAUUCUCUGGUCUCAGCUCUGAGGUCAAACCCCUCCCAUGUGGAACAUCUGGACCUGAGCAGGAACGACCUGAAGGAUUCAGGAGUGAAACAUCUGAGUGGUUUUCUGGAGAGUCCAGACUGCAGUCUGAAAACUCUUAGAUUGGAGCGCUGCAGUGUGUCAGAGAUCAGCUGUGAUUCUCUGGUCUCAGCUCUGAAGUCCAACCCCUCCUAUCUGGAACAUCUGGACCUGAGCUGGAACAACCUGCAGCGUUCAUCAGUGAAACAUCUGUUAGAUCUUGUGGAGAGUCCAGACUGCAGCCUGCAGACUCUGAGUUGGGAGUGAUGCUGAUCAGGACUGUGUUUGUGCUGAGAGGAUGAACUGUGUCCUGAUGAUCCAGAGGUUGAAGCAGCAGCAGCUGGUGUGUAGGGGGUCUUACUGAACCAUGUUACUGGGAACCUGUAAAGUGUGUUGUUAUCACCUUGUAGUUUGGUAUUGCAGCUCCACACUGAAUGAUGGAGCACUUCAGUUAAUGUUGACAGGAUAUGUUGGAGAUGGGUGUCAGUGUGCAGUAAGUUUCAGAAUGUUUCUGUCAGUGCAGGAUUAUAUGUAUGGUACAUAGGAACCUAUUGGAAUGCAUGGAAUUAUUGUGUUUCUGCAUGUUGCAACCCAUUUUUGAGGGCCUAAACAUGCUCAGAAACUCAUGAAAAAUUGUACACACAUCAGAACUGGCAACAAGUGAGAUUUUUUAGGGGUGGAUUUUUACAGGUGUGGAACCCAAAGUGAAAGCACACAGAGUAAGCAAAGACAGGUCAAAAUUAACAGGUUUUAUUGCAAAUAAUGCCAGAACUAUACAACAGAACUGGAGGCAAGUAAUCAAACUAUGGCUAGACUCAAACAGGAAAGGAGGGGGCAGGCAGGAUCCUGGGGGCAGGCAGGAUCCUGAGGACCGGCGGUCCAGAGGGUGCACACUGUUGCUGCAGGACAUGUGGCGGAGAGCGGUGGCACCCAGAGGGGAGAGCCAGGGAUGGAGCCAGUCCCAGCAGUCAGUGGUCCAGGUCCCCUUUGGGAGGAAUAUCCAGGUUCACUAGCAGCCAGCUGGUUCAGAUGUAGCGGUUGAGGGUCCAGGUCCUCUUAAGGAGGAGGAGUCCAGAUUCAUCUGCAGGUGGCCAGGUCAGACAGAGCAGACACGGGGUCCAGGUCCUCACCACGCGGAAGGUCAGGCUUACCAGUGGACGGCUGGGUCAGGCAGAGUUGGGCAGAACCGGACAGUGCAGUCAGCGGAAGGCAAAGCUGAUGCUAUGAUCUGGCAGAGUGUGGAGUCAUGAGCCUGGUUUUAUGGAGUGACUGAUGAGGCAGGUGUGCUGAUCCACAGCUGUCCGGAGUUCCUGGUGAUUGAAUUAACAGCUAUGGGACAACGCCACAAAAAGGAGACUGAGUAGAAUGGUGAGUGGAAAAAGAGGGAGAACAGAAAGAAGGAAUAUCUCAGGCACCCUGACUGGUGCAUGGGUGGCCACUGCUGGUGGAGCCCUCGUUGCAGGGAUGCUCAUGGUACUAGGGGAGGUGUCUGCUGACGUCAAGUACAGCCUGUAAGCUGGGGUUUGUUUGCAGUCUCUGGAAGGUCCCGGUAACUUGCUGAGGCAGAGGCAGUGUGGAGCCCCUCGGAGAGCAGUGAGUUGGCGUGGAGUCCCUCAGAGAUUAGUGAGGCGGCGUGGAGCCCCUCAUGGACAGGUGAGUCUGCUCGGGGCUCCACUAGGACGGUUGAAGUGGCUCCGGGUUCCUCUGGGAUGGGUGAGGCGACUCUGGACUCCUCCGGGACAGGUGGAGCGGCGUCAAGCUCCUCCGGGACAGGGGAGUUGGAGUUGAGCUCCCCUAGUACAAGGGAAUGGCCAGGAUGUAGGGCUGGUACAAGGAGACGCCAGCGAUGUCAGGUCAGGGUGCUAGGGGGUGGCGAGGUUCCACGCGUUCUGGAGCCACGCUUCCUGUGGGAAGGAACCCCCCCCCCCCCCGCCCCCAUUGUUCUGUAGUGGCUGUACAGAACAAUGGGGGGGUGGGGGGGCAGAUCACCGGCAAGUGGCCAGGUCAGAUGGAGCGGUCGGGGGUCCAGAUCUUCUUCAGGAGGCGAGUCCAGAUUCACCGAUAGACGGUUGGGUCAGGAAGAGUUGGACAGAACCGGACAGUGCAGUCAGCGGAAAGCAAAGCUGAUGCUACGAUCUGGCAGGGAGUGGAGACAUGAGCCGGGUUUUAUGGAGUGACUGAUGAGGCAGGUGUGCUGAUCCGCAGCUGUCUGGAGUUUCUGGUGAUUGAAUUGACUUGAUAAUUAACAGUCACAGGAGAGCAGCGUGGAAAGGAGACUGAGCAGAAUGGUGAGGGGAGAGAGAGGGAGAACAGAAAGAGGGAGAACAAAGCAAUUUGGGGGAAGAGGUCAGGGGAGAUCAAGUGGGGGCAGAUGCAGAGACUGGGGAGGAGCUAGGCAAAGUAACUCCUCAUAGGGGGUAACUCCAAGACAUCUCAAAUUUAGGUAAUAUAUACUAUAGGCCUUAAGUGGGGCAUGGCCAUGGCAAACUCCGGAAAUUUGAUCCUUCGCCAUGAAAUAAAAAGAGCGGCCUACACACGUGGACAAAAUUGUUGGUACCCC